AUGUCCUCCACCCCACCCAUUGGGACUUCUCUCUCCAUCAAGGAAAGGAUAUCCUCAAGCUCUCUCGACUCCCCACCAAAUGGCGUCCAACCCCCACCCAAGGAAUCCGAAUUCUCGAAUCCGGCACCCCUCGAAGUCGAAGAGGCAGUGUUCAAACCAGGACUAAAUUUCAUGCUCGCAUUCGUUUCAAUAUGUAUAAUUACACUUGCAGCUGCUCUUGAUGCCACUUCACUCAGUAUUGCCUUACCGACCAUGACCGAGAAGCUCCAUGGCUCAGCUCUGGAGGCGUUUUGGGCUGGCACAUCGUUCUUGCUCACGUCGGCUGUCUUCCAACCAGUCAUUGCCGGUUUGAGCCAUGCUUUUGGGAGGAAAGAGCUUGUCUUAUUAUCUUCGUUGUUCUUCGCUGUAGGAUCUAUCGUCGCUGCUGUAGCUACGAAUUUCACUAUGAUACUCGUCGGACGAGCUAUUCAAGGCAUUGGAGGAGGUGGAAUAUUAACAUUGGGCGAAAUCCUCGUCACAGAUUUCGUUCCUCUAGCAGUUCGAGGCGCUUGGUUCGGAUAUCUCGGUUCAAUGUGGGCAAUUGGCUCUGUUACUGGCCCCUUGAUGGGUGGGGCGUUCGCACAAAAUGUUACGUGGAGAUGGAUUUUCUGGAUAAAUCUGCCCCUCAUCGGUACAGGAGCCGUUGCUAUUAUAUUCUUCCUGAAGCUUGAUAAGCUCCCUGGCAACCUUGCGGAAAAGCUACGAAACUUUGACUGGGUCGGCUCGGUGGUAUUCAUCGCCUCAACCGUCUCUUUUCUGAUCCCUGUAACAUGGGGAGGCGUCAUGUACCCCUGGGACUCGUGGCGUGUGCUUUUCCCGCUCCUAGUCGGCGUCGCUGGUCUGGCGGGUUUUGGCUACUACGAAUAUCGCCUCUCACGGAAGGCAUUCGCCGCCGACGGCACCCUCCUACCAGGCAAUAACACCGAGCCCAUCAUCCGCGGCAGCAUCUUCAACAACCGCUCCAUGAUAAUCACCUACUUCGGCACCGUAAUCCACGGCGUUGUGCUCUGGGGGUUGUUAUACUUCCUCCCCCUGUACUACGAAGGCGUAAAAGGCUACACCCCGAUCAUCGCUGGAGUCGCCCUCCUCCCUGAAACGGGUCUCGUCGCCCCAAUUUCCGUCUUUGUAGGAGUAACCUGCUCCAUCACAGGCCGGUAUCGCUGGGCAAUCUGGGUCGGCUGGUUCCUGACCACUUUGGGCUCAGGACUCCUCCUACUUCUAAAGCCGGAAAGUUCUAUCCCAGCAUGGAUUUUCCUCAACGUCGUCGUAUCAGUCGGAACAGGAAUGCUCUUCCCAGCCAUGGGGCUCGGGAUCCAAGCCUCAGGCCGCCCCCGAGAUGCCGGCCAUGCAGCUGCUUUUUACUCCUUCAUGCGUGUGUUCGGACAAUCUAUCGGUAUCGCUAUCAGCGGCGUCGCCUUCCAAAACCAGGUCCGGCACAAACUUCUCUCAUACCCCUCGCUUGCACCAAUGGCUACCGCGUAUAGCAAGGAUGCUACGGCGCUCGUAGGCAUAAUCAACUCCAUGGCUGAGGGAGACGACAAAAGGAUGUUGAUUGAAGCUAUGAAUGAUAGUUUGAGUGCCAUCUGGAUACUGAUGACGGCGUUAAGUGCGGUUGCUUUCUUGGCCAGUUUGGCCACCGAGGGGUACACUUUGAACCAGGAACUUGACACCCGCCAGGGAUUUCAUGACGAUGAAAAGACAGCGGAUCCUGAGAAGUGA